UUUAGUUACAUCAUCAGCAUCAACAUGCACUACGAGAAUUACGACCCUUCUUUCCCUGACCAGCCAGUGGCCGACCUCUACCUCCCAGUUUGGGCUAGCCUACCAGCCUUCUGUUCCAAGCCAGCUUUUAUCUGGGCUCAAGAUGGCUCUAGUGGUGCAGCCGAUCAUUCCAUCCUCACUUAUGCUCAUCUCAAUGAUUCAGUCCAGUCAAUUUCUAUUAACUUACUCGUUCCAUUGCUAAGAGGUGAUACUGUUGUCAUUUUAUGCCCACCUGGUCUUGAAUUUGUUGAGAUCAUCUUUGGUUGUCAAAGAGCUGGUCUUUCGUGCAUUCCUAUCUUUCCUCCUAACCCUUCUUUCAGCAACGAAAACUAUCACCACCUUGUUAGAGUUCUCUCUCAAACAAAGCCCAAAGCUGCCAUUGCUAAUCACGAAUACAUUGCCAGUGUUCAUCACUACAUUUCCUCAUCCUCUAGCAAUCACAAGCUUGCUAAACUGCUGCAACAUCUCAGGUGGAUUUCUUCCAGUGAUCUCAAACAAAAGGAGGCAACAGGUUCAAGUACGGGAUCUCGUCCUUCGUAUAAUGGUUGCAAACCAAAUGAAAUGUACCUAAUUCAGUACACUUCAGGUGCUACAGGGAUUCCAAAACCAGUACUUGUGACAGCAGGAUCAGCGGUUCAUAAUGUAAGAGUAGCAAGGAAAGCUUAUGAUCUCCAGCCAAAUAGUGUUAUCGUCUCUUGGUUGCCUCAGUACCAUGAUUGUGGCCUUCAGUUUUUGUUCCUUACUAUUGUAUCCGGAGCAACAUGCGUACUUACUUCACCUGGAGCAUUUGUUUCCCGACCUAGGCUAUGGCUAGAGCUGAUUUCAAACUUCAAAGCUACCUGCACUCCUGUUCCUUCCUUCACAUUGCCAUUUGUUGUCAAGCGCGGCGGAGUGGAAAAGGGAGCUCGUGUUAUAAAUUUAUCGAGUUUGAGAAACUUAAUCCUCAUUAACGAGCCAAUUUACAAGUCAUCAGUUGACGAAUUUAUUAACGUGUUUAAGCCGUUUGGGCUAAACUCAUCAUGCAUUUCUCCAUCUUAUGGCUUAGCAGAGAAUUGCACAUUUGUUUCAACAGCUUGGAGUAGCAAUGAAAACUUUGCUAACUUUCCAUCUCAUAAUAUGCUCUUACCAAUUGCUAGGCUUACUGCUCAACAUGAACAUGAUGAAGAGGACAUGGACAUUAUGGUAGUCAACGAAGAGACACAUGAACCAGUUGUCGAUGGGGUUGAAGGUGAGGUUUGGGUUUCAUCUCCAAGUAACUGUUCUGGUUAUCUAGGCCAUCCAUCUUUAACCCGCGAAAUAUUUCAAGCAAGACUCAAGAAUAAGGUAAGCCGAUGCUUUGUUCGCACAGGAGAUAGAGGAAUCAUCAAAGGCGAAGAGAGGUAUUUAUAUGUUACUGGUCGAUGUUCAGAUGUUAUCAAACUUCCAAGUGGUGAGCAAAUACAUCCUCAUUAUAUAGAGACUGCAGCUCAUAAAAGUUGCCCAGAGGUUCUUAGAGCAGGUCGCCUUGCUGCUUUGGAGAUUUCGAAUACAACAGCCGUCGUUGCAGAGCUACAAAGAAUUGAAAAAGAUGCUGCUGCUUUGAAGAAUAUAUGUGAAAGGAUCAAGGACGGUGUUAUGGAGGAAGUGAAAGUUGAAAUUAGGUUGGUUGUUCUUGUGAAGAGCGGAAAUGUCCCAAAAACAACUUCAGGCAAGAUCCAAAGGUGGGCAGCUAAAAAUAAGCUUAUUGGCGGCAAGAUGAGUAUAGUUACGGAGGUUCUUUUUGGGAAGAAUAAUGGGAGGUUGUCGCAAUCGUCUGAAGUAUUGGUCCAAGAAAAUAAGCAUAUGAAGAAAGAAGGUAAAGAGAUAGUUGAUGGGAAACAAUGGCUCUCUCUCUCCCUUUCGAACAUUGUAACUCGUCCCUCCCUUCUUUCUCUUUUGUGAGAACAACAAAUAACUAGUUUUUGGUUUAUUUAAUAAUAUCUCUGUUUGGUAAAAUAUGUGAUAAUAUUUACUACACACAAACCAGAUGUGAGUUUAUCU